UUUCGGCUGAUGCAAUAUAUACCAUAGAUUUUUUCUUUUCCCUCUCCCACACUCUGUAACUUCUACCAUAGUGCGAUUGGGAGGACGAAACCAACAAAGAAAAGCGGACAGUGAGGAGCAACAGCAGCAACAAUGGUGAAGUUCCUGAAGCCAAACAAGGCGGUGGUUGUCCUUCAGGGUCGCUACGCCGGUCGUAAGGCGGUGAUCGUCAAAUCCUUCGACGAAGGAACCCGCGACCGCCCUUACGGUCACUGUUUGGUUGCAGGGAUUAAGAAAUACCCAAGCAAAGUUGUCCGAAAGGACUCUUCCAAGAAAACGGCCAAGAAAUCCCGCGUGAAAUGCUUCCUCAAGCUCGUCAAUUACCAGCACGUGAUGCCGACGCGUUACACCUUGGAUGUGGACUUGAAGGAUGUGGUCACCGUCGACUCCCUCCAAAGCAAGGACAAGAAAGUCUCUGCUUGCAAGGCUACCAAGCAGAAGCUCGAGGAGAGGUUUAAGACAGGGAAAAACAGGUGGUUUUUCACAAAGUUAAGGUUUUGAGAUCUGGGUUUCUGUUAUUUUGGAUUGAUUUUGAGAGUUUAUUUAGUGUUUUGACCAUUUGUUUUAUCAUCACAUAUUAUUGCUGGUUUUGAGCAUCGUUUUAUGAUAAAUUUGAGCUUUGCUUUAUGAUAAAA